UCGGGGAUGGGUGUGUGAGGAGGGAUGAGAGAAAGACUUCAAGAAACAGCUGUCUACGGGGAAAAGGAUGGAAGGGGUCUCAAAGCCAUCAGACCGACAGGCAGAUGGACACACAGUGGGUCCAGCAACGAGUGGGGACUCACUGACCCUCCCUAUCUCUCUUUCUCUCCAUGCAGGUUUACUCUCCAGUGACCCCAGUGCCCACCAUGGCCCCCCUCAACUCCUACAUGACCCUGAACCCUCUGAGCUCUCCCUAUUCUCCCGGGGGGCUCCCCGCCUCCCCACUGCCCUCAGGACCCCUGGCGCCCCCGGCCCCCACAGCGCCCCUGGGCCCCACCUUCCCAGGCCUGGGUGCCAGCAGUGGUGGAGGCAGCAGCUCAGGGUACGGGGGCCCAGGCCCAGGGCUGGUGCACGGGAAAGAGAUGCCCAAAGGGUACCGGCGGUCCCUGGCCCAUGCCAAGCCGCCGUAUUCCUACAUCUCGCUCAUCACCAUGGCCAUCCAGCAGGCGCCCGGCAAGAUGCUGACCCUGAGCGAGAUCUACCAGUGGAUCAUGGACCUCUUCCCCUACUACCGGGAGAACCAGCAGCGCUGGCAGAACUCCAUCCGCCACUCGCUGUCCUUCAACGACUGCUUCGUCAAGGUGGCGCGCUCCCCGGACAAGCCAGGCAAGGGCUCCUACUGGGCCCUGCACCCCAGCUCAGGAAACAUGUUUGAGAACGGCUGCUACCUGCGCCGCCAGAAGCGCUUCAAGCUGGAGGAGAAGGUGAAGAAAGCGGGCAGCGGGACCUCUGCCACCAGGAACAGUGCAGGGUCUGCCGCGUCCACCGCCACCCCGGCCGCCACGGUCACCUCUCCGCCGCAGCCCCAGCCUCCGCCCCCCGAGCCGGAGGCCCAGGGUGGGGAAGAUGUGGGGGCUCUAGACUGUGGCUCACCCUCCUCCUCCACACCCUACUUCACCGGCCUGGAGCUCCCAGGGGAGCUGAAGCUGGAUGCUCCCUACAACUUCAACCACCCUUUCUCCAUCAACAACCUGAUGUCGGAACAGACGCCGGCGCCUCCCAAAUUGGACGUGGGGUUUGGAGGCUACGGGGCAGAGGGUGGGGAGCCUGGGGUCUACUACCAGGGCCUGUAUUCCCGCUCUCUGCUGAACGCAUCCUAGCAGGGGCGUGGGAGCAUGGCGGGUGGGGUAUGCCUGUGGCUCCUACCAUCAGGCUGUGCGGCCUGAUCCUCCUGGUGACACUUGGCCGGUCCCCCCCAAUUGACGUCUCGGUUGGUUUGUGACUCACUGUGGUGACUGCCGCUUCUGCGGGCAUCACGUCAAUCCAUUGGGCACUGUGAUAACUGCCUUGGACAUCGUGGUGGGCCGUGGGGCGCUGUGAAGGCCUCCACGCGACUGACAUUGUUGGUUGGCCCCUUGGGUGCUCUGAUGGCCGCCCUGGGGAUGACCUCGUGGUUGGCCCUUUGGACACUGUGAUGGGCAUCCCCGUGGCUGACCCUUUGGUUGCGACGGUGAUGCUGUUUCAAUUGCAAUUUCUUUGGCCCGUUGGGCACCGUGAUCACUUCUUUUUGGUGGACUUCUUGGCAUAGCAGGUGCCAAGUUGGCCACCAUCCCACGUAACACCUGUCUGGGCCCACUGGGUACUCUGAUGGCCCCCGUCGUGGCUGGCUGACACAUCGAUGUACCAGUGUGCGCCAUGACGGCCGCCACAGCCCCUGUGUUGGCCCUGCCAUCACUGUCUCUUCGGUGAGCGGGGGAUGGAGACAGGAACAGGCCCUGGUUUUCUCUGGAGCCCAUGGCCCCUCUGGUUCAGGAGAAACCGGAAAGGACGCGAGGGUGUGGGGAAUUUCUACUGAAGUCUGGUUCUUGCCUGGGAAGUGGGGUACUGGCUGUGUGUGAACAUUAAAGGCACCGUUUCUGCCUCUUC